CUAAAGUACAUGAAAUUGUGGUGUACCAAUUGCGCAAUUGUCAAACGAAAUUUAAAAAAAAAAUAUAUAUUUUAUGUUAAUGAAAACUAAAAAAUUUGCCAAAAAGGCAAAUAGGUUUUAAAAUAAUUAUUUCCGUUUUUUUCUUUUAAAUUAAUUUAAUAUAAAUUUUUCUAUCAUUACUAAAUAUUUUUUUUUUUAAAAAGUUAAAACUUAAAUUCUAAAAAUUCAAUUAUAGAAAAAAAAAAGAAAAAAAAUUUAAAAAUUUACAAAAAAAACUGUACUAUAGCUAUAUUAUAAUUAAAAAAUUAAAUAUUUUAUAAAAUUUUCAUUUUUAAUAUACGAAAUUAAAUUGAAAAACGAAAAAAUAUAUUUAUAUACAUACACGUAUGUUAUAAUUAUUUAAAUGUGAUUAAAAAAUGAAUUUAUGUGCAUAGUAAAUAUUGAUUUAUUACAAAAAAAAAAACCAUUGACUGUGUAUUCUUUCUCUUAAUUAAUUCAAUUUAAUUUUUUUUUUUAAUUUUUCAAAAAUAUAAUAUUGUUCUCGUAAUUUAUUUGAAUUUUCGAGACGAAAAAGAAAAGAAAAAAAAAACAAAGUGAUAAAUUAAUAAGAAGUGCAAUGAAAUUUUUAAUAUGUUCCCUUUCGGGAAUACUCAAUAUAUAUGGACUUCUAUGGAUUUCUAUUUUAAAAAUUGUUCUCACAAACAAUGGAUUUUGUAUUGCGGCAUCAUUUAAUGGUAAUAAAAAUGGAAUAUUUACAAGUUCAUUUCUUGUAAGAUUUCAUAGGAGUGUAGAUAAGGAUUUUGUACAUGAUAUUGCAAAAAGAAAUGAUUUUGAAAAUCUUGGACCUUUACCCGGCAGCUUGGACAAAGAAUAUCAUUUUAAACACAAAAUUUUACCACAUGCCAGAUCUCGAAGGAGUAUACCACACACAAGACUAUUAAAGCAAAUUCCUGAAGUACAUAGCGUUGUACAACAAACUGGUUUUAUUCGUGUCAAAAGGGGUUUAAGACCAGCUGUUCCAUCAAUACAUGGACUUCCAUAUUCUUCGACUAACGGUGGUUCAGAAACUAGUGGAAUAGAACCAACCGAUCCUUAUUUUCCGUUACAAUGGUAUUUGAAAAAUACGGGACAAAAUGGUGGAAAAAUGAAAUUAGAUCUUAACGUACAAGCAGCAUGGGAUCAAGGAAUUACAGGAAAAAAUGUUACGACAGCUAUAAUGGAUGAUGGGGUCGACUAUAUGCAUCCUGAUAUUAAGUAUAACUAUAAUGCGGAAGCCAGUUAUGAUUUUAGCAGCAAUGAUCCCUAUCCGUAUCCAAGAUAUACAGAUGAUUGGUUCAACAGCCAUGGUACAAGAUGUGCUGGGGAAGUUGCAGCUGCCAGAGACAACGGAAUUUGUGGUGUUGGUGUUGCUUACGACAGUAAAAUUGCUGGAAUAAGAAUGCUCGAUCAACCGUAUAUGACAGAUUUAAUUGAGGCAAAUUCGAUGGGACACGAACCACAUAAAAUUCAUAUAUAUAGUGCAUCUUGGGGUCCAACUGAUGAUGGAAAGACCGUGGAUGGUCCGAGGAAUGCUACAAUGAGAGCUAUUGUACAAGGUGUCAAUGAAGGUCGUAAUGGUCUUGGAAAUAUAUAUGUCUGGGCUUCAGGAGAUGGCGGUGAAGAAGAUGACUGCAACUGUGAUGGAUAUGCGGCUUCGAUGUGGACAAUUUCAAUAAAUAGUGCAAUUAAUGAUGGUCAAAAUGCUCAUUAUGAUGAAAGUUGUAGUUCAACGUUGGCAAGUACUUUCAGUAAUGGUGCAAAAGAUCCAAAUACUGGUGUAGCAACAACAGACUUGUAUGGGAAAUGUACAACAACACAUUCUGGAACUAGUGCAGCAGCUCCAGAAGCUGCUGGAGUAUUUGCUUUAGCUCUCGAAGCCAACGGUAACUUAACCUGGAGAGAUGUACAGCACUUGACUGUAUUGACUUCAAAAAGAAAUUCACUAUUUGAUGCUAAAAAUCGUUUUUACUGGACAAUGAAUGGUGUAGGAUUAGAAUUUAAUCAUUUAUUUGGAUUUGGUGUUCUUGAUGCUGGAGCUAUGGUUACUUUAGCAAAACAAUGGCAUACAGUUCCACCAAGAUAUCAUUGCGAAGCUGGAGCUAUAUUGCAUUCGAAUCCAAUAAAAUCUGGGAAAUCUCUUUACUUAGAAAUAAAAACGGAUGCAUGCAAAGGAACUGAUACCGAAGUUAAUUAUUUAGAACAUGUGCAGGCAGUGGUAACAGCUAAUGCAAGUCGACGAGGUGACUUAGAGUUAUAUUUAACAUCACCAAUGGGUACAAGAUCAAUGAUUUUAAGUCGACGGGCAAAUGAUGAUGAUUAUAGGGAUGGAUUUACAAAAUGGCCAUUUAUGACAACGCAUACAUGGGGUGAAUAUCCUCAUGGCACAUGGAAACUUGAAGCACGAUUCAAUUCUCAACAGCUAAGAACUGGAUAUUUAAAAGAAUGGUCAUUGGUUUUACAUGGAACUAAAGAUCCUCCAUAUAGAACUUUGUCUCCAGCAUCACCACAUUCAAAACUUGCAAUUGUUAAAAAGGCGCAUGAAGACAAAAAAAUUCAUUAAACAUUUUAAAUAUACGCUUAUAAUAUUUUUUUUAUGUUUAAUUAAUAUUUUUUGUUUUAAUUUAACCAAAAAAAAGGAAACUAUAAUAUUAUAUACAUGUUUAUAUAAAAUAUGAAUAUUAAUAAUGUUGAGUAUUAUUUAAUAAUUGCCAAAAGUCUUAAAAAAAGUUAAAUCAAGUUAGAAGAAUUUAAAUUAAACUAACAAGAUAAAUCAACAAAAAUUAUAAAAAUUUAAUUCACUUUUUUUGUUGUUGUUAUGUUACAUAGUACUAUUAAGAAUUUAAUUUUUAAAGCAAAUAUUAAGA